AUGAAGUUGAGUUUUGCCACAUUCCUACUCUCGGUUGCCGCACAGGUACCGGUAGCCCAGGGAGAAGACGCUUUCGCCGAGCCUUUACACGCAAUCCACGAAGAUGAGGAGAUUCAUUUUGCUGAGCAAGGUUGCGUCGACUUGGCAGGAAGCGGCUGGUCUAAACUUCCCAAACUGGACGAUCAACCUCAAGAGACAAAUACUGGAAUCGUAUUUGAUUGGUUUGGCACAAGUUACCUUGAUGACUCCACAGCGGCAAUUUCUGCAUAUAACGCGGCUCCUUCUACAGAUGAAAGUAAAUCCUAUAUCUUUAUCAAUGACAACGGAAAUCUUUCUUUCGGAGGUGGUCUGGGCUUUAACAGACCAACCGGGUUUGCCAUCGAUGGUGGAACUUUAGAAUCACAGUGGAAUAUGAUCGCUCCCUUCUGGUCUGAUGUUGACAUCUCCGGAGGCAAGGUUGACGGUAACGUCUAUUUCAAGACUGUCCUGGAUGAGAACGGCCAAGGCUCCAAGUUUGUUGUCACUUGGAAAGAAGUGGCGAAGUUUGGAGGAGAUGCAGCUGAACCCAAGGUCAACAGCUUCCAGGUGGUCCUCUCUGAUUUCCGUUCGGCUGAUCCCAAGAUCUGCUUCUGCUACUGUCAGAUGGAGUGGGCUACAACCUCUGAAGACUCUUUUCUUGUAAAAGAUAACGAUUUCGAACCUGCAACAGUUGGUAUCAAUCCGGCUAACGGCAUUACUGACAUUAACAACGGGUCUGUAGGCUUGAACAAAUUCUUGCUAGGAACUUUCAGCACAGAUACAAAAGACUUUGGAGGAUAUGGUUCUCUCAAUAAUGGUGUCAAGUAUUUGCAUGGCAAGGGGUUCUGCUUUGACCCAGAGAUUGUGUUUCAAGAGAAACCAACUCCCACAGUUGUCACCUCUGGAGCUUGCGGAGACCCACAUUUCAAAACUUGGAAGAAUGAGCACUUCGAGUACCACGGACAGUGCGAUCUUGUGCUCACCAAGGAUGACAAGUUCGCUGAUGGUCUGGGACUUGAUGUCCACAUCCGCACCAAGCUUGUUCGUUUCUGGAGUUACAUCAAGAAUGCUGUCAUCCGCAUUGGCGAUGAUGUUCUUGAGAUUGAAGGUUCUGCCAUGGAAGGAAUCGAUAAGGAAGUCCACUACUGGAUCAACUACGAAUACCAAGGAGAACUUACCGAGUUUGCUGGUUUCCCUGUUACCAUCUCCUCCGAAGGAACCAAGAGCAACAAGAACUACAUCACGAUUGACUUGAACAGCAAAUACCCAGGACAAAAGAUUGUUCUCUCCACAUUCAAGGAAUUCGUCAAGGUUGAUUUCAAAGGUGCAACUGCAGCUGCCUUUGGUAACACUGUUGGCAUGUUGGGCGACUACAAGACCGGAAAGACAGUUGCCCGUGAUGGAGCCACUGUCCUUGAUAACUACUCUGAACUUGGACACGAAUGGCAAGUUCUUCCAUCUGAUGGAAAGUACUUCCGCGAGGCGUCCGAGCCACAAUUCCCAAAGAAGUGCAUUGACCCAGAAGAUCCUCAAGGAGAACGUCGAAGACGUCUGGCAGAGUCUACCAUCUCUAUGGAACAAGCGGAAUCCGCCUGUGCCGGACUCAAGGAUGCCUUGGAUCGCAAGGACUGUGUCUAUGAUAUCUUGGCUACUCAAGAUAUGGACAUGGCUGGAGCUUUCUAA